UGCUGGUUUUCCGUCCGGACCCAGAACCGGAGAGAUGAGCUGAAAUGAAACAUUCAUAAACCGGUGUCAGUGUGCGUUCGGGGAUUCACCGGAACCACGGGACAGACAUGACGACACGGCGGAAAGAGCGCGAGCUGCAGAGAGAAUAAACCGGAGGGAAGGACGGACACACACACACACACACACACACACACACACGGGGAUGAUGAUGAGUGUGGACCGGUCUGGGUGUGAAGGGAAGAUCCCACCGGAGGGCGUCACCGGCUCUCUGCGGCAGCCGCCACCGCGCGCUCAGCUUUCCGCGGGUGUGCGCGCGUGUGAGAUCCGUUCUAUCCAACAGCAUCAGCAGCAGAACCAGCACCACCACCAUCAUCAUCAUCAUCAUCAUCAUCUUCUUCAUCAUCACCACAACGCUGCCGGUGCGCGCGAGCCCGACGAGCUGCUGAGGCGCGCGCUGGAUUUUAAGACGCAGGGCACGCAGUGUUACCGGGACAAGAAAUACCGCGAGGCCAUCGGUAAAUACCACCGCGCGCUGCUCGAGAUGAAAGGACUGGGCCGCGCGCUCGGAUUCGGGGACGCUGACGUCAGCGCGAGAUCUCCGAGCAGGUCGGGGUUAACGGAGGAGCAGCGGGGAGCGGCAGAGAGCGCGGAGCUCGAGUGCUACAACAGCCUGGCAGCGUGUCUGUUACAGAUGGAGCUGGUGAAUUAUGAGCGGGUGAAGGAGUACUGUCUGAAGGUUCUCAGGAAGGAGGGAGAGAACUUUAAAGCUCUGUACCGCUCGGGCGUGGCUUAUUAUCACCUGGGAGAUUAUAACUCCGCCCUACACUAUCUGCAGGAGUCCCACAAACAGGAACCCACAGAUACCAAUGUGAUCCGCUACAUCCAGCUGACCGAGAUGAAGCUCCGCCGAAUUGCUCAGCGAGAGAAGAAGGAUCCUGUGUAGCUCACUCUUCUGUCUCACCACACACACACACACACACGCAUGCGCGCACACACAGGUGUCUGUAACAUUUAAAGUGAACAUCACAGAUCACAGCUUUGCCUGUCUGCAUGAACAGGAACAUCUGAGUGCAACUCACCUCUCUGUAGAGCACACUCAUCGCAGACAGACAGACGUUUAUAUAACCAGACAGACAGACAGAGAGACGAACAGAUAGACAGAGAGAUUAACAGACAGAUAAAGAGAUAAGACACAGUGAGACAGAAAUGAGAAAACUGUCUCACUGCACUGAAUCACUUCCAUGAUGCAUCACUCUGUUUUGAUGAUGAAGACGAUGAUGAAGAGAAAGAUGUUUUUUUCUAAAAA